AUCUCCAAAUACGUAACAGACAGUGUAAAACUAAGAAUAACAGUGAAUCAUUUGCACCUGUACGAGUCGUGUUCUACGUGCACGGAUCACAAAUAUUAACAAAUAAAUUCAUUUAUUAAACGUAGUUAAAGACAAUACAAAUACAAAUACAAAACGUUCACCAAAUUAAAUAACAGUCCACAGCGACAAAUGAAUCCUUUUCUUUGUACAUAAUCGACUCCAAAUUCCCAACGUAUGCCAGAGAAGAGUCGAUUUCUUAUUUGGGCUCGAUUCAGAGUCGGAUCACGGGAGGAGGGACUCGCUGGAAGAAACAACGCGUUCUAGCAACGCGUUCAACUCCAAAGCUAGCAUGCCAACACAGCUAAAAUAAUCAUUAUUUAAAACCUGAAAAUGUCUGAAUGCAGAAAGUGAAUGAGUCGAAUUAUUAUUAUAAGCGUUUAUUAGCCAAGUGUACCGCUAUGGAAGGAGAAAACACGUUUAAACUGUGGAAGAAGCAGUGUCUAAGCAAGAUGGACUUGAGUAAAAAGGGCAGUGUAGAUGAGGACAUUAACACUGUGGUCUCCUUUCUAAAUAAUUCGGACAACUAUUUCACCACAAGUUCGUGUUCUGGAAGAAUCAUCCUGAUUGACGGGGUGUCUGACUGUGUUGAUGUGCAGAAGCAGAAUUGUUCCUGGCUCUUUGUCACUCAUAACAAGUGUACAAAAGAUCACGUGAUGGCCGGUUUGGAGGAGUCUUCUGGAGACGCUGUUUUUAAGUUUGAACCUUGUGUUCUUCAUGUGCAAUGCAGACGGCUAGAGGACGCACAGCUCCUGCACUCCGUCGCCAUAAACUCAGGGUUCAGGAACUCUGGAGUGACCGUGGGAAAGAAAGGCAAAAUCAUUAUGGCCGUGCGCAGUACCCACUGUCUCGAAGUUCCUCUCAGCCACAAGGGGAAAGUCCUGGUUUCUGAAGACUACAUCACUUUUCUUGUCGGAGUUGCGAAUAGUAAAAUGGACGAAAACCUCAAGAGGAUCGAAAGGUUUUACGACUGUCUGAGAUCUUCGCUGGAACCAGAGGAGGAUAAAAUGUGUGUAAAGGACGCAGAGGCAGAUGAGAACGCUGUGUACAGACGGAGGAGGAGGAGGGAGCGGGACGGCGCGGGAUCAGACUGUAGCGUCAGACAGCAGAGUGACAGUGAGCACGAUGACGAGCUGAACGGCCAACUGACUUUAUUCUCUUAGAGCCGUCUCUGGAUGCUGCAUGGCUUUAAUGAGGCUCGACAACUCCUCCUGCUGAACAGCCUGAUUAUUAUUAUUAUUAUUAUUAUUAUUAUUAUUAUUAUUGUUAUUAUUAUUCGAAUUUUUUUUAUUUUUUUAGUGGAGAUUUUCCUCAAUUUUCUAUGAAAUCUCAGUGUUUUAUGUAAAAAUGUAAGAGUAAAAACCA